AUGUCUGCACUCGCCCAAACGUUCACGGCAACCUCGGCUUCGGCCUUAGCUUCGCGCAAAUCGUCCUCGUUUAACGCGCGUUCUUCUUUGACGACUUCAUCCUCCUCUUCCUCUUCUUCCACGAGAGGUGCUCGAUUGCAAACGUUUGCGAGAGUCGACGGAGGUGUUGGAGUCUUUGGAAACAAAGCGGGGAUGACGCAAAUUUUCACGGACGAUGGAUUGUGCGUCCCAGUGACGGUUAUUGCCGUUAAAGAUGGGAACUAUGUCAGCGCGGUUAAAACUGCGGACGCUGAUGGAUACAACGCCGUGCAAGUGGCGUACGACGCCGUCGCGGAACACAAAAUUACCAAGCCUGAAGUCGGUCACUUAGCGAAGGCUGGCGUGAAGCCGAUGAGACACGUGGAGGAGUUCCGUCUCGCGGCGCCGGCGGACGGCAUCACCGUCGGCCAGAAGUUGAGCGCUCCGGAAAUGUUCAAGGAGGGCGACUACGUCGAUAUUCGAGGAACGUCCAUCGGUAAGGGUUUCCAAGGUUCCGUCAAGAGACAUGGUUUCGCCAGAGGUUUGAUGACGCACGGCUCCAAGUCUCACAGACAACACGGUUCCGUCGGCGCGGGUACGUACCCAGGUAGAAUUUUUCCGGGAAAGAAGAUGCACGGUCACAUGGGUAACGAGACGACGACGAUUAAGCAGUUGAAAAUCAUGAGAGUGGAGGAUGAUUGCAUCAUUAUCAGAGGAAACGUCCCGGGUAAGAAGGGCAACUUGAUUCGUGUAGCUCCGGCGAAGAUUGUCGGGAAAAACUGCUAA